GAAUUCAACAUUUCGCCUUCGUUUGCUGAAUUAAUUUAGGAAACUUGUGAAGAAGACCGAAUCAUAUAUAACGCCAGAGAGGAGACGCUCGCACGACGUGACCAGAAACGUGUACUUCAGGGUGGAACUGUUGCUAGGAGACGGUAAACUGCAGCUAGAGCUGUUUACUCCAGGACUCGAGAUACUGAGAAGAAAACACCUAAAAACGAAAAGAAAUACUGGAAAAAGAAAUUACAGCACAACAAGUCACCCAGCAGACCAGCAAGCACCAUGGAGAUAGUAUACGUGUAUACGAAAAAGCGCAGCGAGUUUGGCCGGCAGUGUAACUUUUCAGACCGUCCAGCAGAGCUGCAUGUGGACAUUCUUCCUGAUCCCAGCCUGGCGGUCAAUUUCAUCGAGAGAAACCCCUGCGACACCCCCACACAAUGCACCCAGGAGAUGUCCGAACACGAGGUGAAUACAGAGCGGUUUGAAUCAGAAACCCGAGGCAUAAACCAUGUAGAGGGGGGCUGGCCAAAGGAUGUUAACCCCCAAGAAAUGGAACAAACCAUCCGGUACAGAAAGAAGGUGGAGAAAGACGAGAAUUAUGUCAACACCAUCAUGCAGCUGGGCAGCGCAAUGGAACACUGCAUCAAACAGAACAAUGCCAUUGAUAUCUACGAGGAGUAUUAUGAAGAGGAGGAGAUAUUAGAAGAGACAGAAGAGCAACCUUCAGCAAAAACUAUCAAUGUUUUCAGGGAUCCAAAUGAGAUCAAGCGCACUGCCACAGGCCUCUCCUGGCACCCAGAUGGCAGCCGAAAACUAGCAGUUGCCUACUCCUCUCUGGAGUUUCAGCGAGCAACCAAAGACAUGAGCUUUGACUCCUAUAUAUGGGACAUUGAGAAUCCCAACAAACCAGAGAUGGUCCUUAAACCUGUGUCACCACUAGUCUGUCUGGAGUACAACCCUAAAGAUUCACACAUUUUGGUUGGGGGUUGUUAUAAUGGGCAAAUAGCUUACUGGGACACACGUAAAGGCAGUCAUCCAGUGGAAAUGUCCACCAUUGAACACAGCCACAGAGACCCUGUCUAUAAAGUCAUCUGGCUGCAGUCAAAGACAGGAACAGAUGCCUUCUCAGCCUCCACAGAUGGCCAGGUUCUUUGGUGGGACAUCCGAAAGCUGAAUGAACCCACAGAGAGACUGGUACUUGACCCUACUAAAAAGGGCAAUCUGGACAAUGCGCUUGGAGCCAUCUCUCUAGAGUUUGAAACUACUAUGCCCACAAAGUUCAUGGUGGGAACAGAGCAGGGGCUCGUUGUGUCAUGCAAUCGGAAAGCCAAGACUCCAGCAGAGAAGAUUGUGUGUACCUACAGCGGCCAUCAUGGGCCAAUCUACUCCCUGCAGAGAAACCCCUUCUUUCCGAAGAACUUCCUGACUGUAGCAGACUGGACGGCACGUAUCUGGUCCGAGGAUAUCAAGGAGUCUUCGAUCAUGUGGACCAAGUAUCACAUGGCUUAUCUGACUGAUGGGUGCUGGAGUCCAGUCAGGCCCUCUGUGUUCUUUACAAUCAAGAUGGAUGGUACACUGGACGUGUGGGACUUCCUGUUCAAACAGAAUGACCCCACACUCAGUAUAAAAGUGUGUGAUGAGGCCCUGUACAGCCUGCAAGUGCAGGACAAUGGGAGGUUCCUGGCCUGUGGCUCCCAGCAGGGAACAGCCACACUGCUGGAGAUCUCCUCUGGCCUGUGUAGUCUGCAGAGAAAUGAGAAGGCACUGGCCACUGCGAUGUUUGAGAGGGAAACCAAGCGUGAAAAGAUCCUGGAGGCACGGCACCGUGAGAUGCGACUGAAGGAGCGCAGCCGCUCCGAGCAGGGCAAGGAGGAGGAGAGCAAGGAGGUGGACACGGGGGAGAGCGCGGAGGACCUCAUUGCACGUGCCGAGAAGGAGUUCUUUGAGGUGGUGGAGGCCGAGGUCAAAAAGAGGGAGAAAGAGGAGGAGAAAUCCAAAGUCAACAUGGAGAAAGAUGUAUGUGAAGAGAAAGAGACAACUUUGAAGGACUAAGUGGACAUUUGGCCAGCAGAGGAAAGUGUGAAAACAGGAUAAACAGUAAUUUAUUGUGUUGGAGUCAAUCUUAUGUUCACUUUGUAUUGUGGCUUGCCUUUGCACGGGAAACCUGUUUUCAACUUCCUGACAAGUUCUUGGGGUCUUCUGGGAAGAUGUCUUCUGAACGUAAAUAAACUACACAGACUUUGCCCAAAGGAGGACUAGAGGUGUCCCAGAGUUAUGUACAUAUUUAUGUACUCCAUUUUUCAUUUAUAUUUAAAAAAUAAUAAACUGUUUUA